AGGGGUUGGAUGAAAGACGUCACAGGGCAGAGGUGUGUUGUGGAUCUGUUGCGCUUGUGCGCGAGGCUGUUUCCGCUCAGUCCACAGAACGGUGGCUCGGUGUCACUGUGUUACACAUGGAGACUCCUUACAGGAAGACGCAGGUGUUGAACUAGAGCCACGGAGAGAGUCCUGGCGACGAGCUGAUGUUUGUGAUGAAGGAUCGACUCGCCGAACUCAACGUUAGUAGGACACAGGCCGAUGAGGAUGUUGCAGUCACUGUGGACAGAGAUGGCUUCAUGGAGGGCUUUUUCAGGAGGGUGGAAGAAGUCAGAGGACUCAUUAAUAAGAUCUCCCAUCAAGUGGAGGAGGUGAGGAAGACACACAGCAUGAUCCUGACUGCACCCAACCCUGAUGACAGAACAAAGGAUCAACUCUACGCGCUGACCAACGACAUCAAGGGCAACGCCAACGUGGUGCGAACCAAACUCAAAUCCAUGGAGCAAAGUAUGCCCAAGGAUGAUGAAACCAACCGGUCUUCUGUCGACUUCAGGAUCCAGAAAACGCAGCACACAGUGCUGUCCAGGAAGUUUGUGGAGGUCAUGACCCAGUACAACGAGACGCAAGUGUUCUUCCGGGAGAGAAGCAAAGGAAGGAUCCAGAGACAGCUGGAGAUAACUGGAAGGGUGACAACCAACGAGCAGCUGGAGGACAUGUUAGAAAGUGGAAAUCCAUCAAUAUUCACAUCUGAUAUCAUUUCCGAUUCCCAGAUCACACGUCAGGCCGUGGACGAGAUAGAAUCGCGUCACCAGGACAUAAUUCGCCUGGAGUCGAGCAUCCGAGAGCUUCACGCCAUGUUCAUGGACAUGGCCAUGCUGGUCGAGUCUCAGGGGGACAUGGUCAACAACAUAGAGAAUAACGUCACCAACGCAGCUGAAUACAUUUGUCGUGCAAAGGAAGAGACCAAAAAAGCAGUGCGAUACCAGAAGAAGUCCCGAAGGAAAUACAUCAUUCUCGCCUUCGCGCUGUUGAUCCUGCUCGCUGUCGUCGCACUGGUCGUCGGCCUCUCCGUCGGACUAACCAAACCUCCCGUGUGAGAGUCCACUGGGAAUCACCGCACGAGACACUUCCCUGCUUUGCCUUUGUGUGACGUCACCGGCCUCCUCUUCCUCCUCCUCUCACUCACUCAUCGUCUUCCUCGGAGUCUUCGAGUGAUGGACUUCAUGGUUUGCGGCUUUCAGGGUUCUGCUCCUGUGGCAACGAGGCAGAGAACAGUCACUGACUUUAUAGGAGAAACAUAAUGUGUGCGACCCACUUUGCACCAGCGAACCUCAGACCUCAUCCUCUAAAGCAGUUCUGUUCAGGUGGGAUCCAGUGAAGUGACCUCUCUGCACUUCUUCCUUUUGUGCCUUAGCUGAGAUAGCACGUCAGAUGUAUUCACUGGUGUAUGUUGAAUAUUCACUGUAUCGCAGUACAUUUUUGAUAUCGUGUAUCACUGUUAGAGAUUCCGUCAGAGUGAUGUAGGCCGUAGUGAAAAUAUAAAAAUAACUAUACCACCUGCAGCGUCAGAGCUCGCCUCAACAGACUGGAAACUGAAAAAAACCCAGCUUUUUUCCCCCCAAAGAUGUAACAAAAUACCUGCCAUUUUAAGAUCGCGCGGGGGAUUACGUGAUCGUUUCUUGGCUGUUACAGGUGCGGUGACUUCCUGGGGUCUUGUUGUCACUGCUGCAUAUACAGUACAUCCAUGUGAAAUCAUGCCAUUUUUACAUUUCUCUGUACAUAAAAAAAUAUAAUUGUGUUGAACUAAGCUACAGUGUCACUUGUGGCUUUAUAUUUAAUGUAUAGUAUAACAAAGGUGUGUUUCCUACAAAAAACGAUUGACUAUCAUACAACCAUUCUCUUUUUUAUUUAUUGCAUAUUUACUGUACGUCAUGUAAAUUUAAUGUUAAACUUUAAAAAAAAACAACUUACUGUAUAUACAGUAUGUAUUUCCUGUUUAAUCUGAGGAUUUUCAGGAGGAUUUGAAGGUAAAUUCCCGCUUGCAAACGUGCCUACAUGACAUUUAAUAUGAUAAUAAUUGAAUUUAACAAACUGUCAGUGUGUUAUGACUGAAAUAAUAGCUGUGAAAACUGAUGUAUGAUAGAAUUCUGAGAUGGGUUUGAUUUCAAGAGCACACAUUUCUAUUUUGAUACAUUUUGGAUUCUUUGUUGUUGUUGUUUUUUUAAGUCAAACCUUGUGUUUUAUCAUUUUAAAGCAGAAUAAAGAGUGAAUGGACCUGA